CGCAUUUGAAACGUGCGUUUUACAUUAAUAUAUUUUUAAAAUCUAGUUUAAUGUGAUGGAAUGACAUUACACGUAGCCUCCUAUAAAUAUUUGAUAGUAAAUAAAUAGAUCAAGAAAUAAAACAUUAAAAUUUUAAAAUACCAUGACUUCAAUCAGUGAUCUAUUAUUAAACUGUCGUGAUAGUUGAUAAAAAUUAUCUUUAUUUUCUUACGACACGCAUGAUUAAUCACUUCUUUACAGUACUGUGCGUGGCAGACAAGAGAAAACAUAUUUUUUUAUAAGUAUAUAAAGAAGAUUUUUAAUUAGUCAUAAUUCAGUUGCUUAAGACUACAGUCGCAAAACUUUUUUUACGGAAAAUUCUUUAAGAAUUUUGUUUGUUAAUAAAAUUAUCAAUUAGUAAAAUAAAUAAAUUUUUUAUUAUUAAGUAUUUUAAGUAGAGUUUGAAAAUGGAUACUAAAUUAAUUUGCGUUCUUUUAUUUAUUUCGAUCGUCGAAUAUGGAUUUUGUAAAAGUAUUAAGCAGCAAUUGAUAGAUUAUAAUAAUGAAGAUAUUAAAUAUCUUGCAUUUGUAACAAAUGGCGAUUUAUAUUCAUGCCCAUGUGUAAUAAUAAGUAAAAAACACUUACUGGCAAGUGGUUCAUGUGUACGCAGACAUGAACGUGGGUUGGAAAUAGUCGCAGGUGCUAUUCCGCAUACUCAUAAUAUUUAUAAUAAUAAUGACGACGAUGAUGAUGAUGAUGACGAUGAUGACGAGGGAAACUCUGGAGUUUAUCGAUCAAUUAAAAAAAUUAAGUACCAUGCGGAAUUUGUUAACAAAAUCCGAAGCAUGAGAAUCCAUAACAGUUUCGCAAUUUUGACUUUAAGAAAAAGUUUACCAAUAGGCAAUAACAUAAAAAUAGCUAAGCUGCCAGUUGAAGAUGUCAAAGAAGGAGACGAAGGGACCAUUUAUGGCUGGUAUCAAACAUGUACCAUUAGGUCACCGCCACGAUUUUUAAGUGCGCCGCUAACUGUCUUAGAUCGAAGCAAUUGCUCCCGUAUUGAUGACGACGAAUUUUGUUCUAGCAGUGAAAUGACAGAGAAGAUAAUCCAUUCAUCCCCAGUAAUCAGCAAUGGGACCAUAAUCGGCUACACGACUUACGGCUGCCCGUCAUUCAAUACCGACUACACCGUGACAAGUGUCUACUACUAUUUAUCCUUCAUUAAAAGCGCCAUGAAGUUACACGUUUAAAAAAAAAUUGUUAUAUUUAUUUAUUUUAUAUUUACUGAAUAAUGAUCUGAAUUUUAUAAUUUAAUAUUUUAUUUCAUUACUCUACAGUAAAACCCGAUCCCUAUCUUACCUAUAAUUUAUAAUUCCACUUCUUGCCCUUCAUCGCCGCCAUUUUGUCGACUCCCAACCAUCUUCCCGACUCGAAAACCAGCCAUUAGGUUACAACCCGACAACCUAGACGUUUCUAUACGACACUAAAAUUUCAACUCUCCGUACAAGACAAUUGCAAUCGCAUCAGUUUUAUUAAGUAAUUAAAAAAAUAACUCCGUGAAAAUGUCUACUGCGCAAUUAAGCGAUCAAUUAACCUCACAUUUAUCGGAACAAGUGAUUGAGUUUCAUAGUGCAGUUGAAAACUCUGACUACGAUAAAAUAAAAGUUAUUUUGAAACUCAAUACAGUUGAUGUCAAUGCGACAAGUAAUUUACACGGUCAUACACUUGGAUUCACUGCUUUGCACUUAGCGUCGAUUUCAUCGAAUCCAACCGCCGAAUUAAUAGUCGACUUAUUAUUAAAUUACGGCGCUAAUAUUAAUAGCAGAUGUCUGAAGGGUAAAUCGGCAUUGAUGUACGCAGUGGAAUGUCAAAAUGGCGGCGUUGUAAAAAAAUUACUGGACAACAGAGUUGACGCUAACCUCCAAGACUCGAAAGGUCUAACGGCGCUUCACUACGCAAUGCAACAGGGAAUUCCCGAUCUGGUUAAUUUACUUCUUAAAUAUCAUACUGAUAUUAAUAUUGUUGAUAAUAACGACAAGACGGCAUUCGAAUACUGCUAUGAUAAUAUUGUGUUUUAUUAUACGCGUGAAAAUUUCAAAGAAUUACAAAAUGACAAAUAUAUUUUGUACAGAAAUAUUUACGGAACUAAAUAUUUAGCAGCUGCGAAUUUUUUUAUCGGCCAUUUUAUAAAAGUCGCUGAUGACAUGAAGAACUAUAAGAUAUUUAUGUUAAUUGAAAAUAAUCCUGUGACGUAUUAUAUUUAUAAUGAAUUUGAAGAACAGAUAAUUAAGAUGAAGAAAGAAAAAAUAAAUAAUACAAAUGUUUCUUAUUAUGAUUUUAUGACCGGUGAUAUUAAUCAAUUGAAUAAUUAUGUUAAUAAUCCCGACAUAGCUGUAGAUUUAUCACUUUGUAAAGGCGAUUAUGUUAAGAAAUUUCCAUUGUUUGCUCAAGAUAUCAGUGAUUGUUUCAAUAGAGCGAUGGAGAGAAAAAAACUUAUUGACGAAAGCACGGAAAUUCUUAAUUAUGUGACUGAUUCUUCUACGCUACUGGAGAAUGAUCGCAUGCAAAUGAUAUUCGAGUUGUUAGAUAAAGCCGAUUUAAAUGAAUUUGUUAAUAUUUUUAUAUAGAGUUAUUGUUAUUUUGUAAGAGAACAUUUUUACGAUUGUUUAAUAUUUAUUUUAAUUUGUUCAGUAUUUUUAUAAGCUUUGUUUUAAAAUAAAUCGUAUUU